AUGACGUUGGCCGCCUUUCGGGAUGACUCGGUAGGAGAACAAAGGAGCACGGUAGUAGUUGAUGGACAAGAUGGGCAGGAACGGGCACGUGGGAUUCGGUCUGGGGAUGGAAGAGGAAUAAGAACAGGAAGUGAUGGAAGCCCGGAGGGAGAAAGUCGAAACGGUCAUCGAGGUGGUCACGGAAACGGCAGUGGAAACGGUGAAGGAAAGGAGGACAAUGACAGUGGUGGACGACAACAGCGAUUCUCGCAGUCUUCAUCAUCCAACUCAAAAGACUACGGUCACAUGUCGACGACGGACUCCGACUUAGGGGAGUUAGACACGGACUCGGACUCGGAAACCACAGACUCAGAAGAAGACCGCCGAAUAUCAACCGAACUACACCGGGAAGUCUUCUUCAGCGCUGUCGGGGAGGAAGAAGCGUAUGAGUUAGCUUCGACCAAAAAGAAGCCCAAGAGAAAGCGCAAGAAGGGGAACAGAAGGAGGAGGGGAAAUAGCAAGUUCCCAGAACUGGAUGACGCUGAUGGGCUCGAUGCGCUCGACAGUAGCGGCAAGCGGAGAAGGCAAAGAGGAGUAAGUGUCAGCACGGCGGCAAGCGGUAAAAGUUUCCAGCUACGAUACACGCCAGAUGAGGAGAGAGCGGUGGUGAAGAAGUUUGAUCGCAAAUUGGUGCUUUUCGUGGCGCUGCUUUAUAUGUUGAGCUUUUUGGAUCGGUCUAAUAUCGGAAAUGCCCGCAUAGCCGGCAUGGACGAAGACCUCCAGUCCACUCCUCCCAAGGAUGAUUGGUAUGAUUGGGCCUUGACAGCCUUCUACAUCGCUUACAUCUGCUUUGAGUGGAUGUCGAUUCUUUGGCGACUCAUACCCGCCCAUAUUUACGUCUCAGUCAUCGUUCUCUCCUGGGGCUUGACGGCAUCGCUUCAAGCUGUCGCAGUUAACUACCCCAUGCUCAUCUUUUUGCGCACAAUGCUGGGCAUCGGCGAGGCGGCCUUCACUGGAGUGCCGUUUUACUUGUCCUUCUUUUACAAGCGGCAUGAGCUGGCUCUUAGGACGGCCAUUUUUAUUUCCGCCGCCCCCCUAGCAACCAGCUUCGCCUCCUUCCUAGCCUGGGCCAUCCUCAAACUAGGCGAAGCCUCCCCCAUCCGCCCCUGGCGUCUCCUUUUUCUGAUAGAAGGCUUCCCCUCCGUCAUGGUCGCCGUUCUCGCCUGGCACAUCAUCCCCGACUCCCCGCAAACGGCUUCCUACCUCACCCGUCGCGAAAAGAAAGUCGCCGCUCUCCGUCUCCGUUCCUCCUCCCCCCAUCCUUUCUCCCCUCAUUCUUCUUCGGGUUCGGGCCUCAAAACCACCGACAUCCUAACAACCCUCCUCUCCCCCGUUGCAUGGCUCACCUCCGCGAUUUUCUUCCUCACCAACCUCUCCUACUCCUCCCUCCCCGUUUUUUUGCCCACCAUCCUCACCCAAAUGAACCACACCCCACUCAUGUCCCAAGCGCUCUCCGCCCCUCCCUACCUCUGUUCCUUCGCCAUCGUCCUAGCAACCGCCUUCUUUUCCGACCGCCUCCGCAGCCGCUCCACCCUUCUCAUCUUUCACGCCCUCCUUUCCGCCCUUGGUUAUUCCAUCCUCGCCCUUUCCCAGUCUCUCGGUUUGGCGCCAGGGAGUUGGGUCAGGUAUCUAGCCGUCUACCCCGCCGCGAUCGGGUUUUUCAACGUGGUGGUGUUGACGAUUGCGUGGAGUAUAAAUAACCAGCGGACUGAAGGAGGAAAGGGGGCGGGGUUUGCGUUGAUGCAGGCCGUGGGACAGUGUGGACCGCUGGUGGGGACGAGGUUGUAUCCGAAGGGGGAAGGGCCGUAUUGGGCGAGGGGGAUGGGGGUUUGUGCUGGGGCGAUGGUGGGUGUUGCUGUGCUGGCUUUGAUAUUGAGGGUGUAUUUGGCACGGUGUAAUAGGAAACUUGAGGAGGAGACGGGGUAUGAAGGUGUUGGGCAAGAUGAGGAGGAAGGGUUGGUUGGUGGUGGUGGUGGUGGUGGUGGUGGAAGGGGGGGAGGGAGAGGGGAGGAGAGGUUUAGGUAUAUGUUGUGA